AUGGCAACCUCCUACCCUGAGCAGGUGUCGCCGGACAAUGAGAAGAAUAUGAGUAUUGGACGCUAUAUCGUCACCCGUAUUCCGACGCUGGUUCCGCCGAUGAACCCUGCUCCAAACCCGUUCAAAGCUCUUACACUUCUCAAUCGCCAGCAAUGGCUGUUUUUCUCGGUGCGUUGGGAUCUCCCCCCCACCUCGUUAACCCCGAAACCUGGUGGGGUUGCAUCUGCGAUCGAUUUCCCUGCAGGGUACCCGGGGGGGGUCGCAUUUAUUGGCUGGACAUGGGAUGCCUUCGAUUUCUUCUCCGUGUCCUUGACCACCACUCAGCUCGCUAAGACAUUUGACAAAUCCGUCACCGACAUUACAUGGGGUAUCACCCUGGUGCUCAUGCUGCGAUCUGUGGGCGCGGUCACCUUCGGUAUCGCGGCCGAUCGCUGGGGUCGUAAGUGGCCCUUCGUGGUGAAUCAGCUGCUCUUCGUGGUGCUGGAGCUGGGCGCGGGUUUCUGUCAGACGUACAAGCAGUUUUUGGCUUGUCGUGCCCUGUUCGGAAUUGCGAUGGGCGGAUUGUACGGUAAUGCAGCUGCCACAGCUUUGGAAGAUUGCCCGCCAGAAGCCCGUGGUAUCGUAUCCGGUUUGUUGCAGCAAGGUUAUGCGUUUGGAUACUUGCUAGCGACUGCUUUCGCUCGUGCCCUGGUGGACACUACUCCGCACGGCUGGCGACCGCUGUACUGGUUCGGUGCUUGCCCUCCAGUCUUGAUCAUUGCGUUCCGUCUCUGUCUGCCUGAGACGGAGACCUUCCGCCGACGUCAAGAGACCCGUGAAUCUGUCACUGGGGGUGUGGCGAAGUCCUUCAUGGCAGAAGGCAAGAUCGCACUCAAGCGUCACUGGUUGAUCCUGAUCUAUCUGGUUCUGCUGAUGGCAGGCUUCAACUUCAUGUCCCACGGAUCGCAAGAUCUCUACCCGACGAUGUUAAAGAGCCAAUUUAAUUUCUCGGCCGAUGCAGUCACCGUUACGCAGGUCGUUGCAAACCUCGGCGCGUUAACUGGUGGAACAUUGUGCGGUUGGGCAAGUCAGAUCUUCGGACGACGAUUCUCCAUCAUUGUGAUCAGCAUUGUGGGCGGUGCCCUGCUUUACCCAUAUACUUUCGUCCACGGUUCCGAUCUAAACGCGGCGGCUUUCUUCGAGCAAUUCAUGGUCCAAGGUGCCUGGGGCGUCAUCCCCAUUCACUUGAUGGAGCUGUCGCCCGGCUCCAUUCGCACGUUCGCCGUUGGAACUGCUUACCAGCUGGGUAACCUGGUUUCGUCCGCCAGUUCGACAAUUGAGUCGACCAUUGGCGAGCGGUUCCCCUUGCCACCGGUGGAUGGGACUAAGCGCUAUGACUACGGCAAGGUUAUUUGCAUUUUCAUGGGCUGUGUUUAUGCUUACACAAUCCUGGUUACUCUUGCUGGGCCCGAGAACCUUGGCCGCAACUUUGAUGCUGAGCAUGACUCUGACUUGGCAGAAGUCGCGGGCAAUCAUUUCAAUGAUGUGGAAAAGGCGGUAGCGGCACAUGAGGAGAAGUAG